AUGUCAUUAUAUUGCUCUGAUUGGGCCUGCUAUGGUGUUUUGAGGUUUGUUAUGGAAAAUGGCGCCAAGGGAUGCGAGGUCAUCGUUAGUGGCAAGUUGAGGGCUCAACGUGCUAAAUCCAUGAAGUUCAAGGAUGGGUACAUGAUUUUCUCAGGGCAACCAGUCAAGGACUACAUUGAUUCUGCUGUAAGACAUGUACUCCUUAGGCAGUUCAGUAAAUUUAUUGCUGAGGUUUCAUGCUCCAAAGAAUGUAACAAGAAAAAUGGGACUUAUGCUCAAGCUAACAAGCCUGCAUCUGCUGAUGAUGAAGAUAUGGACCCCACUCAAUACCUUGAGAGCAGGCUCAAGUACCUUGCGGAUCAGAAGGCUGAAGGGAUUAACCCAUACCCACACAACAGAAAUGAUAGUAGAGUCAUUACAACAUGUUUAAAUUGA